CCAUUGUCCAGAUCACUCCAGGACAACUUGACUGUGCUGCUGUGGAGCAGCGGCUGUGUCGUGCGUAAAGCCCGAUCGAGAAAUUUGCAUAUUUCCUGCGCCGGGACGGACGAGGGAGCGAACAUCUGGAUGUAGGAACCAAACCAAGGCGGCCGACCCGUUUCACAACGAUUUACGCAGUGCUGCACAAUCAAGCCCUCACCUGACGACCCGCUGCUCUCCUCCUGUUUGCACUGUGUGAUCUGCGUCAGCCUGGCGUCCCCUGAGCGUCACAGACAUCCACACAUCCACCACCUACUAGUCUGCUCCCAGAAGCGUCAUCUUUUUACCGACAAUAGGUCACUUCUAUGAUCAUGGGCGUGUGAGUGAAGGGGAAUAAGAUGCUGUGGCGCGGGGCAGACAUCACUGUCGGAGUCUCCCACGUCCUUCCUCAGCGAGGUAACAUCCGUCAUUGGUUGUCUUGUGUCCUGACGCCAUGGUGGUGUUGUUGAUGCUCCUCCUCUCCAUGGUGCUCCUGUCCCCACACAUGCCCGUUCGAGCCUCCCCUUCCUGCCCCGUGGGCUGCCGCUGCUACAGCCUCACUGUGGAGUGUGGGUCCACAGGCCUGAGGGACAUCCCCAAACACAUCCCUCCUUCCACGCACACCGUCUUUCUGCAGGAUAAUGUGAUUGGUCAGAUCCGUCAGACGGACGUCACUCUGCUGAAGCAUCUGCAUUACUUGUACCUGCAGAACAACACCAUCUCAGCAGUGGAGCCAGGCUCCUUCCAGAAUCAGGGGCAGCUACUGGAGCUGGCGCUGAACGGGAACCGCAUCCACCUGGUGACGGCCGACAUGUUUCAGGGACUCGAACAUCUAAGGAUUCUGUACCUGGCAGGAAACGACAUCACGCGCCUGCUGGACUACACCUUCCGUGGCUUACAGCGUCUGCAGGAGCUGCAUUUGCAGCACAACAGCAUAGAAAUGCUGGCAGACCAGGCUCUGGUCGGUUUGACGUCUCUGGCCCUGCUGGACCUGAGCAGGAAUAAUCUCCACACCAUCGGCCCCGCGUCACUGCGCCCCCUGGUCAGCCUGCAGGUGCUACGCAUCACAGACAACCCGUGGCGCUGCGACUGUGCCCUCCACUGGCUGAGGAGCUGGAUCGACGAGGAAGGUCAGAGGCUCCUCAGCUCCGCAGAGCGUCGGCUGGUCUGCACGGAGCCGCCGCGCCUCUCCCACCUGAGCCUGGUGGAGGUGCCCCUCAACAGCCUGGUGUGCAUCCCUCCGCUGGUGCAGCUGGAGCCCAGGAGGCUCGCGGUGCGCCUGGGAGAGAGCCUCAAGGUGUCCUGCCAUGCCUCCGGUUACCCCAGGCCACAGGUGACCUGGAGGAAAGCGUCCCAGGGUAAAGUAGUGUUUUCCCCCAGAGGGCUGGUUCAGGAGUUGGGCACCGGAGGAGGCGUAGCGAGGGGAGCGGCCGAGUCCUCGGAGGAAGGAGGGGUGAGUCAGCAGAAGACCGAAGCCGAGCGCUUUGACCCCGACACCGGCAGUGGCAUGCUGUUUCUCAGCAAUGUGACGGUCGCCCACGCGGGCUUCUACGAAUGCGAGGCCUGGAACCCAGGAGGCGUGGCCCGUGUGACCUUCCAGCUCGCCAUAAACUCGUCCAUGUCCUCGACCUCCUCCUCCGUGUGGGCCUCGUGGUCCCAGGUGUCCUCGCCGUACGCCCCGGCCUGGCCCCGGCUGAGGAACCACGGCCCCGCGCUGGGCUCAGAUGUGAGCCGGGAGCCUCUCUACGCCCUGGGCAGCAUGGCCUUCAGCGCUCUGGGAGCUGCCACUCAGACCGCCAUCGCCGUGGGCAUCUCCCUGCUGGCUCUGACCGCUCUGCUGCUCCUCGCCAUGAUUUACAGCCGACAUCAGCAGCAAUACAAGGAGGCUGAUGGUGCUGAAAAGGAGGAGAGCAUCCUGUAUGUCAAUGACUACUCUGACGGCCCCACCACCUUCGCUCAGCUGGAAGAGUACCGCGAUGAGUGCGGCCACGAAAUGUACGUCCUCAACAGGGCUAAGCCCGUCCUCCCUCCGGCUCCGCCGGCGGCGGCCGUCUCCACCACGAACUUGGGGUGCCCCGCGCCGUCCGACACCUGCAGCCACGCCCUCUCCUCGGGGUUGAGCCAGACGGUGAGUCCUGCUCUGGCCGCCAGCAAACAGCAGCAGCAGCAGCAGCAGCAACAGAAGCAGCAGCAGCAGCAACAACAGCAGCAGCAGCAGCAGAAGCAGGAGAGCAAUAUAGGGACCAUGAGGAGAAUGGCGGGGGAAGGAGGGGAGGCCGAGCCGGUGAUCACAUCAGAGGCCGAAGGGAUGUUUCUUAACCACACGGGCCUGUUUAUGGACUCUCAGAUUGCCUAUGAGAUCCACUGCUGAAGGAGGGGAAAGAGUCCUGCCAGUGAGCGAUAGAAAUACUGAUCCCUGUGGACGGAAUCAUCUUCUUAAAAUUCACACUGGAUCUUAUUGAAGAUGUUUUUUGUUUUUGUUUUUGAUACCAGACUGAUCACAAUCUGGUUUACAUCGAAAGGGGGAAACGAUCAUUCAGACACACUCAAAGAUGUUAACUGGACUCAGGUACAUAUAUAUAUGUAUGUGUGUGUGUGUGUGUGUGUGUGUGUGUGUGUGUGUGUGUGUGUGUGUGUUGAUAUACUGACUGGACGUUCCAGAAACCUUCCACCAUCUUUGCUCCGUAUCCUCCUGAGGACUCUGGACAGAGCAGGAUUCAGACCAAUUUAAAAAGACAAAUGAAGGAAUCUUCCAGUUUAUGAGUGUGUGUGGGAAGCCUUGUGAAUUAUAUAAUUGUUGUUAAUGUCUCGUCCCGUUUUAAUUUAAUCUCAGGGUGUUGAUCACCUGGAGGAUGUACAGCGAAGGAUCGGAAAACAGCAACGGCCAGUUUGUGACUAUUAAUCAUGAAACCAAGGAAACGAGGAAAAGGAUCUUUAUGGGAAAUGUUUAAAAUUCUUGCUAUUAGUUUUAUCAUUUCGUCCGUUCUGCUUAAUGUCUAGUCCAGUUCGACUCUGUUAAACUCUGAAGCACAAGAAAUGAGCUGAUCUAAUCUCAGAGUGUACCCGUCUUCCCGAGCUUAGGAUGGGUGUUUUUUUUUUUUUUUUUUGGAUCAUGAAUAAAUAUGAGCAUGUGUGACAUUUUCCUGCAUGACUUGUAAAAUGACAUUGGUGCAGACAUUUGGCCAAAGAGGAUACGUUUAAGUUUAAGCUGAAUUCAACGAAACACAAAUUUGCGUCCAGCUAAAAAAAAUGUUUUAAACAAUAAAAUGUUCCAAAUAAAA